AUGAAGGCAACACUUCUUCUCCUGUUGGUAGCUCUGUGCGCCGUCGCCGUGGUAUCGGCUCGUCCUGAAGGCAAGGGAGGAAAGGGUGAGGAGAAGGGCCACGGAAAGGGCCAAGGCAAGAGCCAAGGCAAGGGUCGUUCAGCAGAAUCGGCGGAGGAUGCUGACGGAGAUAGCCAGGAGUCUCAACGAGGAAACGGAAAGGGCGGAAAGGGAGGAAAGGGUGGAAAUUCCGAGAAGAUGGAGGAUGCUGGACCUCGCGGUGGAAAGGGCAAAGAGAAGGGUGGUGAAGCCAAGGGAAAGGGCCAAGAAAAGGGUAACGGCAAGGGCAUGGGAAAGAAGCACUAA